UAUGAAUUAAGAUAUUUAGACAUAAGAACAAUUGAUUGAGUACUUAACUUCAAUUGACUAGUAACAUUUGAUAACAUAUAUUAACAAUUAUACUCAAUAAUAGAUUACUGAAUUCAUAGAUCAAAUAAAUCAACUUAAUAAGAAUUAUCCAGGUGGAAUCUAAGAAUAUGCAAAUAGAGCAAGAAAAGUAUAAAAUAAAUAUAUAUAUUAAGUUAUUACUUGAUGCUUCUGAAGAUGUUAAUCCUUUUGCUGAAUAUACUGCUCAUGUACCAUAAGGAUAAAAUGUAGAUAUUUAUUCUGAUGAAUAUUCACGAUUGGAAUAAUUGGGAGUAGAGGAAAUUAAAGAUACAUGUUUUGUAUUAGUUGCAGGUGGUUUAGGUGAGAGAUUAGGUUAUGAUGGAAUUAAAGUAGCUUUACCAAUAGAAUUAGUUACUAAUACAACUUACUUAGAAUAUUAUUGUUAAUUUAUACUGAAUUUAUAAAAAAAACAUGGAAAUAAAUUAUUACCAUUUGCAAUAAUGACAUCAGAUGAUACUCACAAAUUAACUUUAUAAUUAUUGGAAAAUAAUUUAUAUUUUGGAUUAUAAAAAGAAUAAGUUUCUUUAAUUAAAUAAGAAAAAGUACCAGCCAUGUUGGAUAAUCUUGCUCAUUUUGCUCAAGUUCCAGGAAAAUUAUUAAUAGAUACUAAACCACAUGGUCAUGGUGAUAUUCAUACAUUAUUAUAUAUGUCUGGUUUAGCAUAAAAAUGGAAGAAUGAAGGAAGAAAAUGGUUAUUUAUAUUUUAAGAUACAAAUGCAUAAGCCUUUAGAGCAUUACCAGUAGUUUUAGGAGUAAGUAAAGAAAAUAAAUUUGAAUUAAAUUCUGUUGUUGUAAGUCGUAAACCUGGAGAAGCUGUUGGAGCUAUAUGUUAUUUAGUUGAUAAAAAUAAUAAAGGAUUAACUUUGAAUGUUGAAUAUAAUUAAUUAGAUCCAUUAGUCAAAGCUUAAGGUGGUGAACCUGUAGAUGAAUAAGGAUUUUCUAAAUAUCCUGGUAAUAUUAAUUGUCUAUUGUUUUCAUUGAAUGAAUAUGAAACAGUAUUAUAAGAAACUAAAGGAUUGAUAGCUGAAUUUAUCAAUCCUAAAUAUGCAGAUGCUACAAAAACUAAGUUUAAAUCAUCAUCCAGAUUAGAAUGUAUGAUGUAAGAUUAUCCUAAACUUUUGGGACCACAAAAUAAAGUAGGAUUUACAGCUUUGAAUAGAAGAUUUUGUUUUUCAGCUUGUAAAAAUGAUCUUGCUACUGCUUUAACUAAAUAGAAAUCUAAUUUACCAUUAGAAUGUGCAGGUUCAUCAGAAAAUGAUUUCUAUUGGCUUAAUGCAGAAUUAUUAAGAAUGGCAGGUGUUAAAAUUCCUGAUUAAAUUUCAGAUGAAGUUAAUUAUAAUGGAUUAGAAUUCAAAUUUGGUCCAAAAAUUGUAUUACACCCAUCAUUUGGUGUUACUCUAUCUGAAAUUAAAUCUAGAAUAAAAGGAAGUAAGAUUAUUUAAUUAUUUUUAUAGAUGUUUAAAUUUCAUCAAAUUCAACUGUAAUUUUAGGUGGAUAAGCAGAAUUACAUUCUGUAAAUAUAGAUGGUUAUGCUUAAUUAUUUGGAAAUGGUAAAUUAAUAUAAUUUAAUUUAUAGGUUAAUUUAAUGUUGAUAUUAAAGAUACUAAUGGACCAAAAUUAGUAGCAUUAGAAUAAUAAGAUGGUGUACCUGGAUAUAUAAAGAUUAGGGGUUAUAGAUUAUAAAAAUGAGAUAUAUAUUAAUAAGAUUAGAAUUUAC